AUGGAUCUCAAAACCUCCAACUCCAACUACCUUCAACCUUCUCAUGGCGGAGUAGUAGGAGUCAGGAAAGGGAACCCAUUUGUGGAUAGCACAUCUCUUGAUCCUCUUUCUAAGCUCAAUCUCAAGGAAACCUCCGACUUCGUUAAGUCAUUUCCGGCUAACAAAGGCGGAGGCGGCGGCGGCGGAGGAGCUGGUAACAACAAGAGAAAUGUGGUCGAAGCUCCAUCGACACCGGGUCGACCCGUAUUUAGCUUCAGUGUUGGGAAUAAUACGACCAGAAAGAACUUCGUCCCCUCAAAAUGGAAUGACGCUGAAAAAUGGCUUGUUUCGGACCAUGAAUCCACCACUCAUCAUCAUCAUCACCAUCUAAAUGGUUUUGUAAAGUCUGCAGAUUUUGUAUCCAGAAAAUCUAGUAGUAGCAGUAAUGGAAGUCAUGUAACCAAACAACAGACAAAAGUUGUAUCGGAGAAACCAGCGGAAAAGGCUUCAAUCUUUCAAGAACACCGCCAUCAUAAUGGGAAUGGGACCUCACCUUCAGAAUCUUUUGAUGUUCUAAAAGAUAAAUUCACAAACGAAGUAGUACGCAAUUUCUCGAAACUGGAAUGUUCGGAGCCAUUGAACGAAAGCUUCCUAUUCAAAGAUCCAUCUAGCAGAGACAUUGGAACGGACAUGACUCCUCUUGGGAGCUCCACCACUUCACGAUGCCCGACGCCGUUCAAAAGCUUGUCACCACCGCGACACAACACACCUGCAAGUAGGGAGGAGGAAGAAGAGGAAAUUUCCAAGAGCUUGAGACACUUUGAGAUGAACUAUGAAUGUCGAACAAGCAUUUCAGAGCCUCGACCUUCUGUUUGGGAAGAAGAAGAGAAGACUAAGUGCUGUUUAAGGUACCAAAGAGAAGAAGCAAAAAUUCAAGCUUGGGUGGAUCUCCAAAAUGCUAAAGCAGAAGCUCAAUCAAGAAAGCUUGAGGUAAAGAUUCAAAAGAUGAGAUCAAAAUUUGAGGAGAAGAUGAUGAGAAAAAUGGCAUUGGUUCAUAGAAAAGCUGAGGAGCUAAGAGCAGCAGCUCAGAUUGAGCACACUGAGCAAAUUGAAAAAGCAACAACAGAGCAAGCGAAGAAGAAGACGAUAAACCAGCAUCAAAACAUGCAUUUUUCUGGGCACAGCGGCUCUUGUGGUUGCUUCCCUUAUAGUAAAAGAUGA